CGGCAGCCAGAAGCCCGGCACGGCCUCGGGCGUGGGGACCGGGCGGGCAACGAGCCCCGCGGCGGCGAUGCACUUUGGACGGAAACGUCCGGAGUGCUGCGGCCUCGGAUCUGGAGUUUCCGUGGGGUGUGGAAAUUUAAACAACACAAGUAUUUUGCCUGGAGCUUUGGUCAAACAAAUGCUAAGAAGCCACAUAAAGAAGAUCCCUAGCAGCCAUUUCUCAACCGUAAUAUAGUCACCUGAUGUAACAAUGGUACUAAUAUUGGGACGCAGACUAAACAGAGAGGAUCUUGGGGUGCGUGAUUCCCCAGCAACUAAGCGUAAAGUUUUUGAAAUGGACCCCAAAUCUCUGACAGGUCACGAGUAUUUUGACUUCUCCUCAGGAUCAUCCCACGCUGAGAACAUACUCCAGAUAUUUAAUGAGUUUCGAGACAGCCGCUUGUUCACAGAUGUUAUCAUCUGUGUGGAAGGAAAGGAAUUUCCUUGCCAUCGAGCUGUCCUCUCGGCCUGUAGCAGCUACUUUAGAGCCAUGUUCUGUAACGACCACAGGGAGAGCCGAGAAAUGCUGGUGGAGAUCAACGGCAUCUUAGCUGAAGCUAUGGAAUGUUUUUUGCAGUAUGUGUAUACUGGAAAGGUGAAGAUCACAACGGAGAAUGUUCAGUACCUCUUCGAGACCUCCAGCCUCUUUCAGAUUAGUGUUCUCCGUGAUGCGUGUGCUAAGUUCUUAGAGGAGCAGCUUGAUCCUUGCAAUUGCCUAGGAAUCCAGCGCUUCGCCGACACCCACUCACUCAAAACACUCUUCACAAAAUGCAAGACCUUUGCGUUACAGACUUUUGAGGAUGUGUCCCAGCAUGAAGAAUUUCUUGAGCUUGAUAAAGAUGAACUUAUUGAUUAUAUUUGUAGCGAUGAACUUGUUAUUGGGAAAGAGGAGAUGGUAUUUGAGGCUGUCAUGCGCUGGGUCUACCGAGCUGUUGAUCUGCGAAGGCCACUAUUGCAUGAGCUCCUGACUCACGUAAGACUCCCUCUCUUGCAUCCCAACUACUUUGUUCAGACAGUUGAGGUGGACCAGUUGAUCCAGAAUUCCCCUGAGUGUUACCAGUUGCUGCAUGAAGCAAGACGGUACCACAUUCUUGGCAAUGAAAUGAUGUCCCCGAGGACUAGGCCACGCAGGUCUACUGGCUAUUCAGAGGUGAUAGUUGUGGUCGGAGGCUGUGAACGAGUUGGAGGAUUUAAUCUUCCAUACACUGAGUGCUAUGAUCCAGUAACAGGAGAAUGGAAGUCCUUGGCCAAGCUUCCAGAAUUUACCAAAUCAGAGUAUGCCGUCUGCGCACUAAGGAAUGAUAUUCUUGUUUCAGGUGGAAGAAUCAACAGCCGUGAUGUCUGGAUUUAUAACUCACAGCUAAAUAUCUGGAUCAGAGUUGCUUCUCUAAAUAAAGGCAGAUGGCGCCACAAAAUGGCUGUCCUUCUUGGUAAAGUGUAUGUUGUCGGAGGCUAUGAUGGGCAAAACAGACUUAGCAGUGUAGAGUGUUACGAUUCCUUUUCAAAUCGUUGGACAGAAGUUGCGCCGCUUAAAGAAGCAGUGAGCUCUCCAGCAGUGACAAGCUGUAUAGGAAAAUUGUUUGUGAUUGGUGGAGGACCUGAUGAUAAUACUUGUUCUGAUAAGGUUCAGUCUUAUGAUCCAGAAACCAAUUCUUGGCUACUUCGUGCAGCUAUCCCAAUUGCUAAGAGGUGCAUAACAGCUGUCUCUCUGAACAACCUGAUCUACGUUGCUGGUGGACUGACCAAGGCAGUGUAUUGUUACGACCCAGUUGAAGACUACUGGAUGCAUGUACAGAACACAUUCAGUCGACAGGAAAACUGUGGUAUGUCUGUGUGCAAUGGUAAGAUCUACAUCCUGGGUGGAAGACGAGAAAACGGAGAAGCCACAGACACUAUUCUCUGUUACGAUCCUGCAACAAGUAUCAUCACAGGGGUCGCUGCGAUGCCCAGACCAGUGUCCUAUCAUGGCUGUGUGACUAUUCAUAGAUACAAUGAGAAAUGCUUUAAGCUCUAAACCUGGGGUACCUCACACAAGAAACCACACAGUCCAAGAGGAAACUUUUAAAGUAAGAACACAUCGCCUUUGUGCUGUGUGGAAAAAGAAAGAAAGAAAUAGCCCUGAUGCCGUUUUCCAAAAAUAACGGUAUUUCAAGCUGUAAUAAGUUCUUUCCUGUAACUGGGGGUGAGGGCUGUUAAAAUCAUGGCGGUUAAAGCCAGGCAUAGUAGUGCACACCUUUAAUUCCAGCACCCAGAAGGCAAAGGCAAGUGGAUUUCUCCGAGUUUGAGUCCAGCCUGAUCUACAUAACAAGUUCUAGGUCACCAAGGGCUACACAAUAAGACCUUCUCUUCAAAAAAAAUAAUAAUAAUUGGCCUAUGGAUAUAUUUUUGCAUCUGUGAGAAACUGUGUGGGGUAGGAAAUGACAUCCAGCUGUAAACUUCUUAGGGAUUUGUGAACCAUCUUUUAGGAAUGUUUCUUUUUUUUUUCUGUUAUGUAGAGAAAAAUUGUAUGACUGAAGCUUUAUUUACAUUGAAUUGCCUGAUGUUAAGAAUGUUUAGCAUUCGUUGUAAGGGGAAGAAACGAGUUUUAAAUACAUCUGUCACUGACUUACCCAUACUGGUUAAUUUCAUUGAAGGUGGUUUUUUUUUUUUAGCUGUAAAAAUGUAGUGACAAUUCAGCUACCAUAAAACAUCAAAUCUAAUGACUUCAUAGUCUAUUUUCUGUUACUAAAUACUUUUUUGUGAGCUUAUGUAGGAAAUAUAAAAGGAGAUUUAAAUCAUACAUUAGUCUCUAAGGAAAAAAUUUAACUAUCAGAGAAAAAAAAUGUGAUCCAGUUUGGUUCUCAGGGUAUUUAAUGAAUCAUCUGUGAGUUCUUCACUGAAGUCCUCCCUUAAAAGCUAGCAGAGGAGUUGAAUUCCUUUUCCAGAGCCAGGAUGUGGGCACACCUGUCUCCAGGAUCUGGACAGUGCAUCAAAAGAAACCAAAUUGGGACUGAAGCGAUGGCUCGGUGUUUAAGAACACAUACUGCUUUUGCAGAGAACCCUGGUUUGGUUCCUAGUAUCAGUAUCAGAUGGUUCACAAAGACCUGUAAUUCUAGUUCCAGGGAACCCAACACUCUCUGGCCUCCCUGGGCACCUACAGGCAUGUGGUGCACAUAAAUUCACACAGACACACAUAUGUACAUUAAAGAAAUGAAUCUUUAAAAAAGAUAGGUUUGCUCCCUACGAGCCCAGCAGAGUUGACCUUCCUAGUUUGAUGCUUUAUCGAGUAUCUCUUCCCUGACUUCUGAGCAUCUACCAGUCCUAGGAAUCUCUACACCAAUUCCUUAAUAGCCUAGAGCAGAGGCCACUCUUUCCAGUGAGGCCACUUGUUUGUAAGUUAGCGCCCAGCCACGCUGGCCAGCAGCAGUUCCGGUCUUCUGAGCAAGAGCUCUUAUUGAGAACCAUUGUAUAAAAUAUUGAUCAGCAUUUUAAAAUUUCUAUUAAAAGUUUUUUUCCUCUAGGUUUUUCACCACUGUUUUAUAAAGCUUACCUGUUUUCAAAGGGAAAUUCAAAAGUUUUUUUCUUAAAAAUGUAAGUGGGUACAACAGGAACUGUCAUAACUAAUUACUGCAACUUCAUAACUAAUUACUGUAACUUCUGUGUGGACAGAUAACUAUUUACAGUGCUGUGGCUCUCUCAGGUGGCUUGCUAUGUUUAAUGUCCCAGUCACCAUUGUCUCUCACACCACAAUAUACUCCCUGUCAGAGACUAUAAUAGUGUCAUUAGAGCUCUUUUAAAAUUAAGUUAAUCAUCAAACGCCUACCAUUGACAAACUUUAUUCCUCAUCUUAGCAUAAUACAGACAUUUCUUAAGAGUCAGUGCUUAAUUGGAAUAUAAAUUCUGAGAAAAAUACUAGAAAGUACACUUAUCCAAGUCAUAAAUUUUAAAUGAUUUAACUGAUAACUAUAUACGCAAUUCUGAAAACAAUUAUCUGUCAGUUGAGAGACAGCUGAUGUACAAUUGAGAUAUUUGUACUGUAAUUUUAUAGUAAAUACCUGCAUUAUACUUUUGUUAGAUGAUGGAAACUGUUUAAUUCAGAAAUUCUUAACAGUAAAGUGUGUGAACAACAGUGUUUUGUAAAUGCUUAGGAUUCUACAAAUGAUAAUUGUUAUUCUCAUGUAUAUUUGUAAGAUUGUGUCCAUUCAUAAAUACACCAUAUAAAAAAACUUUCUCAGAGUAAGUUUGUAUUUUAGUAUUUUUGUCUAUUGUAAAAGUAUUAUCUACUUGUAAUUUGUAAUGUUUAUCUUUCAUAAUCCUUGUGUUUAUUGUAGUAAAUUGGAAAAAAACCCUGAAAAAUCAGAAUUUGUUUAAACAAAUGAAUUUUUCUUUAUGUAAUUUAAAAACCAUGUAAAUUGAGUAGUUGCAAUUUAUGUUAAAAGUCACCCAAAAGUACCUCGAAUCCUAGAAAAUUAAAUUUUUAAAGCUGCCCAAUUGAUAUUUUAACUUCUUUUAAUUAUCUUUCUUAUAUUUUAAUUUCCUUUAAUUAUCUUUCUUUGCUAAUUCUUGAUAAAAGCAGUAGUGGUAAGUCCUGGUUUAAGAAACAUAAUUUUAGGGUAUAAUUAGUAUAUUAAAAGGGACAUAUCAACCAUCUUGGUGUCCUCCCAUAACUGUCAGGUUUUCUUUUGGUAGGUGAUGGUUAUGUGCACCUCUAAGUUACAUGUAUGUGUUUAUAGGUAGACAGUAUGGUUAUGUGCAUACAUCACAAACACCAAAUGACUUUUUUGAAGUUUCAUUAUCAGAAAUAGAUAAUAAGAUUAAAAAAUUAGUUGAUCAUGUUCUAUUCAAGUGCAGAAGACCAAAUUUAAACACUUCUGGAGGACUCUGUAUUUGAGACAGGAUCUCUGUUGUCUGUGCUAGCCUCAAGCUUUUGGCGGUGAUUCUUUGCUUUUUGGGGUGCUAUAGGCACAAAUGGAAGCCAGUACCUGUUUUCUAGAAUAAUCAUUUCAUCUGAAAGUCCAGAUCUGGUAACAGCAGGGUUACAGUCAGAGAGCAGACUGCUCAGAUCACAAGAGCCCAUUGUGAUCAUCUCAGCUGGAGAGAACUUGAAGGUAUGUUUUGUGAAUCAACAGAAAAUUACAGUUUCUUGUUCUUCUUGUUGUUGUUGCUUCUUUAAGACAAGGUUUCUCUGUCUAGCUGUCCUGACUAUCCUGGAACUCCUCUGUAGACUAGGCUGGCCGCGAACCUCUUUCUCCCACGUGCUGGGGUUAAAGGCAUGCACCACCACCACUGAACUACACUUGUUUUUUGUAUGCAUGUUUUCAUGAACUUGAAUCCUUUUCUAACUCUUCUCCUUGUGUGUGACGAGGGGGCCUGAGUUCCGCCUCUUCCACUAUGCUAUCCCCACUGACUUUACUAACAGAUGAAUUGGGUUCCAUAGUUGUUUUCAUGGAUGAUUGGGACCCAGGUGUUUACUCCAUUUGAAUCAGGUUUAAAAAUAUGUAAAUGCUCAGGGAGGACAUGAGCUUGUCACUGCUGCCUGUUUGGGGUGCUGUCUCUUAAAUAGAGUUGAUGACUCUAGACUAAAGUUCUUUGAGAAGCUUCACACAUGGCCAUGGUUGAACAUUCAUUCAUUCUACUUAGGAUGACAAUGCUUUGUGAAUUGAUAGAUUCUCCUGGUUAGUAUGAAUUGUUUAUGUAUCUCCAGUCAUACUCCCAUUUUCAGAAACUCAGGAAAGACAAAGGUUGUUUUCUGCUUUUGUCCAUGUCCAAACCAGGUGUGUGCUGCUUUUUCCUGAUCUGACAAUAGAUUUUAACAAUCACUUUGAGAGCCCAUCCAUGAAGAGAGGGAGUUAUCUUCUGUGUUCCUUUAACAUCUUGGGAUAAAUAUGUGAAAAGGCUACAUACUCCAGACUUUAUGUGGUACCAAGUGAUAAGAUGAUGUCUAGAGGUUUCCUGUGGACCGCUUUGUUUCAUAGUCAGUCCAAGACACUACUAGUUAACAUGACUUGACCUUGCUAGACUUAGUUUUGCGAAGCUGAGUACGGUGGCAGUGCCUGUAAUUCCAGCCCUAAGGAGGUGGGGCUUGAAGAUCAGGAGAGUUCAAGGACAGCCAUGGCUACUAGUCAGUUUGAGACCAGACUUAGCCAUGUAAAAUCUCAUGUCAAAAUAAUAAUGGAAUUGUUCAACAUUCUGUAGAAAGCUAGAAUUAUAUCACUUCACCCAUUAUUGUGUUAGGUAAGUAAGCAACUCAACGAUACUACAUAACCGAAUGAAGCUAUCUGGCUGACCUGUAGGGCAGUAGAUUUGAGUCACUAAAUAUAGCCACACCUAAUGCACAUCAGACACCACUCCCAAGAGUGUAAACUUAAACUAAUGAUACCAGAGUUGUUUUCAAAACGUUGUAGACAUUUUAAAGUGUUUAUUUGUGACUAGGUUGGAGAGAUGGUUCAGCAGUUAGGAGCACUGGUACUUCUCUUGGAAACAAUCUGGGUUAGGUGUCCAAGUACUUUUCAUGGUGGUUCACAUGUGUCUGUAACUCAGUUCCUAGCAUAGCAAUACCCUCUGGCCUCCAUAGGCACCAGGCACACAUAUGGUGCACAUACAUGUGCAGACACUCAAUAGUACAGGCAAAACAUAUACAUCAAAAUAAAUGAAAAUAUUAAGAUAUUGUAUAUGAAACUUUUUACGUGUGUAAUUAAUAAUAUUAAGAUAUUAAGCUUACGUAGGGCUAAAGGUGAUCCUAAGUUUUUAAAUAGUGAAGUCAUAACUUUAUAUAUCGUUCCAAAGAAGUUUUGUUUUAAUUUUUGUGCCUUAAACCUCAGUGCCAUUUCAGUCAGAUAAAACUCAGCAUACAUAAACAGCAGGGCUGCCUCCUGUGCGGUAUAUACACUUUUUUUGGGAGGGGGGGGGGCUUUUAUUUUUCAUUUUUGUUUUGGAAACUGGGUUGGUUUUAUCUUUGAGUCAGAGUCAUAUGUAGCUCAGACUGGCCUAGAACUCUUGCUGAAGAUGAUCUUGAACUCCACUUGUUCUUUCUGUAUCUCCUAAGUGCUUGGAUGAUAGCAUGUGCCACCAUACCAGGCUGUUCUUGUGUGUGGGUUGGUUGAUUUAAUGUCGCCCUGGCUAACCUGGAACUCAGGAUGUGGCCAGGCUGGCCUUGAGCAAUGGCAGUCCUGCCUCUGUUCAUAUGUGCUAGGAUUAUAGGCUUGGGCCAUCAUACCCAGCUGACCGGAAAUUCUUUGUGAGUUUCAACUCUAUAGUUGCUUGGCAGAAAGAGAACGUUAACUAAGGUUGCUGCUUGGUUUACAUUAACUCGGUACCUAGGUGCUUUUAAAAUUCUCAGAUAAACCCUCAUUAGGCUCUCAUAAAGGUUGGUUGAAAUAUCUAAUAGUGAAAAAAGCUAGGUAUUUAUAUCUGUUAUAUCCUUACAUUAGUAAUUAGUUCUGCUCUAGGCUUUUUCUUUUGACUUUCUUGAGAAAGCACUUCUUCCUUAUCACCCCUCCUGAAGUGUGUGUUUCUAGAGCUAGCUAAGGUAAGGCUCAGAACUGAGCAACUGUAAUGUGCCUUACUGUAACUGCUACACACCCAUUGCUUUCACUUUGAAUCUUCACAAUGAAAAAGAAUGUUUUCUUUGUUCUCAGUUCAGUCGUAGUACAGUAAUGCUUAUGUGUUUGUUUAAUGGCACUUCUUCCAUAGUUGAAAGUUUUAAAAAGUUGUAUCUAAUGUCUUUUAAAUAUUACUUGACUAUAUGGUUGCAUUAAAUUUUGUUUACCAAAAAUA